UUUUAGUUUAGUGGAAAUGAAAAUCUAAUCAUAUUUAAACACUAUUAGCACUCGACUAUUUUCGAAAUUAACAGUUUAUAAUAUGCUGGCCCAAUUGUUAACAAGAUCGGUUCACAUUUGUCAACGUCCGUAUUGGCAAGCAGAUUUCAACUUACCAAUGUCUACGUUCCAGAAGCAAUAUGUUAAGGUAAUGGGUCAGCCCAGCGAGCCGGCGGAUAAGAUUUCAGUGAUCGGCACCGGGCAGGUGGGUCUUUCGUGUUGUGCAUUUCUGAUUGAUCGACGAUUGGCCAAUCAUUUGGUGAUGGUGGAUUUGCGCCAGGAAUGGGUCAAAGCGGAAGCUCUCGAUUUCUUGCACGUAUCCAGCUUACUGGCAUCGCCCAAAAUAGAAACCUGUACGGAUGCCAGUUGCACGGCUGGCUCCAAAUACGUUAUCAUAACGGUUGGCACAAGACCAGCCGGCAAAAGUCGCCUAGAUAUUGCCAAGGAGUCGUUGGAGCUAUUGUCGAAGCUGGUGCCUAAGUUGGUCGAAAGUAGUCCGGAUGCGACUUAUGUGAUUAGCUCGAAUCCGGCCGAUGUCAUGACCUGGGCGGUGCGAAAAAUGAGCGGCUUACCCAAGGAGCGUUGCAUAUCUUGCGGCUGUCAUCUGGAUUCCUUGCGCUUUCGUUAUUUUCUUGCCCAGCGUCUGGGCGUGGCAGCGUCCGAGGUAAACGCCUUCAUUGUGGGCGAGCACGGUGAUAGCUCGGUGCCCGUUUGGUCGGGCGUUACGGUGGGCGGCAUUGCAUUGCUACGCCUAUUGCCAAAUAUCGGCAGAGAUCAAGAUGAGGAGAAAUGGCAAAAAGUUCACGAGGAUGUGGUCAAAGCCGGCUCAUCGGUAUCCAAGAUCAAGGGCUACACAAACUGGGGCGUUGCCUUAGCCAUUGUUGACAUCAUUCAGGCUAUGAUGACGAACAGCGGACGCAUUCUGUCCGUGGGCAGCGAUAUUCAGGGCCUAAUGGGCGUCAAUGAUAGCGUGGUCAUGUCUCUGCCAUGCAUACUGGGCACUCACGGCGUACAGAAAGUAAUUGAGUUGCCACUAACUGAAUUUGAAAUGAAUAUGUUUGAGAAAUCUAAAGAGGUUCUAAUGAAGGCACAGUGUGCGCUCGAUCUUUGACAGCUUGAAUUCAAAUAUAUUUUACUGUAAUGUGCCCCGGCACUUCGCGUCAAUUGUA